GGGUGUUAUGCACAAACAAUGAAUCAUGGAACACUUCAUCUAAAACUAAUGCUGUAAUGUAUGGGGAUUAACAUAAGAAUAAAAAAAAAAAAGAACUUCCUCUACAACCAGGAAACUUUGCAAGUAUGAAAUAAUCUGAAAGAAGAGGGUAAAAAAAAGGAACACUAAAAAGAGGAACACUAAAGCAGGUUUAACCAAAAGAAUAGAGGAGAGUUUGGCUCAACAGUCUCAAGAGCAAAGAAAAGGAUGCAUUUCUUCUCUUCUAAGAAGUCUUCUUGUAUUAUCUCAGUACUGUGCUAUUCUCUAGGAAUAUACACAUGAAAAGAUCUGAUCCCUGCCCACCAUUUAACCAGGAGGUGUCUGGAUGGCAGAUCGUUCAACCCUCUCUUUCUUGAGUUGUCUGCUCUGCCAUUAUCUUCCACUCAUUUUUGCUUCGUCUUGUGAUUCAUUGAUAGAAAGUGAAGUGAAGUCAAUUAAAAUCCCCCCCGACACAGUGCAAUUAUACAUUAAGGAUUGUAAUGUAAAAAGCAUCACAUACAACGAGAAGGAUCAUCCAAAGCUAAGUUUAUUCAAUCUCUCCUCUAAUUGUAUCAGGACUUUGCCAAAUGAUGUUCUUCCACAUCUGAAAGAGAAAUGCCUAAAAGAGCUUCCAGGAUUACUUUUUAACAAAACCCUAAAAGGAAUUACGUUUGUCUGCACCUGUGAAUUCAUUAAGGGCUCCCCCAUAUCACUAAACAACAGUGCUUGUGCAGAAAUGUUGAAAAGCUGUAGAAAUACAUCAGUGGCCACUUUAAUAGGAAUUUCCCUUCUUUUCCUCUUGUUGAUCUGUGGGAUUGGGUGUGUUUGGUGUUGGAAACAUGGUAAUCCAGUGCAAUUUACCUUGCCAAAGUUCUUGCAAAGGAGAAGCAGCAGGAGAAAAGACUGUACUAAAACACUCUCAAGUCUCCUCGCUAUCAGCUCAAGAAAUAAAAUCUCAGUUCAGAACCAAGACUGCAGAUCUUCUGGGAGAGGGACUAACACACAUGGCAGCUAUGAAAAUGUGGAAAGUGGUGCUCCCAAACCUAAAGAAGAGACUGAUAAAGAACUAUAUGAGAACAUUCAGCAGACCAAUUUUGAGGAGCAUAUCUAUGGAAAUGAGACACCAUCCCAAUAUAACUUCCAGAAGCCUAGUACUUCUGAAGUCUCUCAAGAUGAAGACAUAUAUAUUCUUCCAGAUUCAUAAUAACUUUUGAAAAUAUCGGGUUUAGUUACCAGAGGAUAAAUAGUCACUGGGACUUGUAUUUUACUGAUGUCAUUGUUAAUCAUGUUCUUUGGAUGAAACUCAAUGAUCUUUCAUCUGUCUCCACCCUGCUGAACCUUCUGUCUGUGUAUCACUGCAGUUUAAAUCCUCUUCACUCACCUUUCCCUAGAUUAAUUCUACAUUAUGUUAUAUUGAUUCUUCCUUCUAAAUGUUACCUGUUACCUUUUUCUCUUAUUUCUAUCUCCACCAUCUUUUUCUGGCUCAAGAUUGUGUCAGUUUUCUAACUUGUCUUUCUGGCUCCAGUUUCUGCACAUUCAGUCAGUUCCCAUGAUGCUGCCAAAUUUACCUUCAGAAAAUAUUCCCGAUGCCACACCACUCCUUUGCUUAAGACCUCUUAAUGGCUCCUCUUUGCAAAAGACAUACUACUUAUAAUUCUAACUCCAGAAUUUAGGAUUUCCCACACUUGGUUCCAGUUUAUUUUUCCAGUGACUUCUACUAAUUUCUCACUCCUCUGUUUUCAUCAGAAUCAUCUGAAAACCUGCCAGACUCAUCCCUCCUCCUUGGCUUUGCUUGUCUGCCCCAUUUCAAGCCUGCCCCAGAUGGCAACUUCUUCCACAAGUCUUCUGAAUUAUUCCAAACCUACCUUUACCUUUUCCUUUUCUGAUCACCUGUAGAUUUUGCUGCGUGUUUAAUUCUCUGGGCAUUUAAACAUCUGAAUGUUUUCUAUGGCAUUUUAUGAUUUAAUGUCAUAUGAGAAUGUCUUAAAUUCCUUGCUAAAUAACAAGGAAGUGCCUCAUCUUCAUAUUUUAGCUCCACUGCCUAGACCAUCAAUAUGAGGCAUUUGGUAUUGUUUAAUUGACAAAUAAUUAAAUUGUACAUUUUGCUCACUAGUUUUGAGAAAAAUCUAAUAAAUUCAUCCAUUCAAGAAAUGUUUAUGAAGUACCUUCUAUCUACUUUUACUCUGUCCAUGGCGGGAGUAAAACAGCAAAAAGAAAGACAUGGACCCUGAACGCAUGUUGUCUGGCAGGAAAGAAAAGACAAUAAAUAAACAAAUACUGUGCUACUUCUUUAUGUAUUCUAUCUUACCCCUGAACUCAGCCUUUUAUAUGCUGCUCUGAAUUGCUCAGGCUGAGGCUCUGCAGACCACGUUUUUCCUUUGCCAAGUGGGUCCAUAUUAGGCUCUUGUUCAUAAGGAGCAGUGUGGAAUAUGUAGGCAAGAGGAACUGAAAGGGACUUGCUCUUUCUCACCUCCUUGUUGUCCCAGCGGGUACCAUUGCCAAGCAGUUUACUCCAGCAUCUCCAGUUGAUUGCAGUUUCUAGUUUUUUCCAGCAUUCCCAGAGAGGGCUUGACUGCACCCUGUCAGAGGUGCCAGCACCAGCCUGGUAGCAACCUCUCCUUAGAAUCUGAGAAGCAGCUCUGCAGAUCCUCCUCCAUGGGACCGUCAGAGCUCCAGAUCCCAGCCCCAGGUGCCAUCUCCUGCACCCACUGUCUCUGU